AUGUUUGGUGACUUAUUCGAGGCCGAAGAGGACGCCGAAACUUCCUUAAAUCAGGCCAGUGGAAGGGUCCACGGCUUGGAGAGCCCUCCGCCGCCGCGGCUCCCAAGCGGCUUGUGUGGGAUAAAAAAUCAAGGCGCGACCUGCUAUCUAAAUUCCUUGCUACAGACUCUGUUGUAUACACCAGAGUUUAGAGGUACAGUGCGAGUUAUUCCAAUUCAGUUGCAGAGACUGUUUGCCAGGUUGCUGCUCUGUAAUCAGCAAACUGCCAGUACAACAGAGCUAACAGACAGCUUUGGCUGGACAAAUAAUGAGAGUCUACAGCAGCAUGAUGUUCAGGAGUUGAACCGUAUACUGUUCAGUGCAAUAGAGGAUUCUUUGGUUGGCACUGCCAGACAGAGCCUUAUCCAGGAACUCUACCAUGGGACCAUUGUGAAUAAGAUUAUUUGCCAAGAAUGUGGAAGAACCAGUGAAAGACAGGAGGACUACCUGGACCUACCUGUCACUGUGGUGGACACAGGAAGUCUUGAGGAAGGACUUUGUAACUGUUUUGUGGAGAUGGAGACCAUGGAUGGCAAGAACCAGUACAGAUGUGAGGGAUGCAACAGACUGGUCAAUGCCAGAAAGGGCGCAAGAUUGAAAAGUUUACCUCCCAUUUUGACAUUUUCCUUGCUCAGAUUUAGUUUUGAUUUUGUAAAAAUGGAAAGAUACAAGGAGACAGGAAAGUUCACUUUUCCUCGUGAGAUAGACAUGGGACUUUUCUGUGAUGAUCCUGAAGAUGCAGACACAUUAUAUGAACUCUUCUCAGUUGUUAUUCAUACGGGUAGUGGCUUUGGUGGUCAUUAUCAUGCUUAUAUCAGAGAUGUGGACAAUCUGGGCAAGUGGACAGCACCUGAAAAUGCCGAGAUCUGUCUUCCUACAGACCCCUCCACUGGUAAAGUAGACUACAUAGAGUUUGAGUCACCAGUAGAACUGGUUCAAGCACUGCUCUCUAGGGAGGGGAGGCAGGGAAUGCCAGUGGAUAAACUAUGCACUGAAAUGGUCAAACAAACUGGAGUUUCUUGGAACAAAAGGUUCAAGAAAACCUAUGGGCCAAUUAACAAGUUUUUGAAAAAAUUUGAUGACAAAUUUGUGCUCAAUUCUGAUGUUAACUGGGUGUACUUACAAGAAUAUACAGGAUGUCUACAAGGAAGCAAUCCAGUUGGUCAAUCAUUGUCACAUGAUGUCAAUAACCAACGAAGUAGAGAGGGGGGAAACAAAGUCUCAGUACAUGCGCAUAAUGAAAAUCAACAGCAGAAAUGCAACAAAAUGACAGAGAAGACUAGCUUCUUGGGUUUAGUUUAG